AGUCUCGAAAACGAAUGCUUUCAUAACUAGGUUCAUCAGCAUUUACCAUGCCGCACUGCACGGAUGGUAGCCACCCUGAGCUUAAAAAUCUAAAUCACAGUGAUCUUGAGGACCUGUUUCCUCCUCUUGGUUCACUUCGUAGCGUGGUGAUAGUUGGCGCCGGUGUCGCCGGACUCCAGACAGCACGGCAGUUCUUAAGGCUGGGAUGCGCAGUUACCGUGUUGGAGUCAAAUGAUGAUGUAGGUGGUGUCUGGCUGCGAAACUACUUCGGCUACGGGCUUCAAGUCCCUUGGAAAUCCUACCAGUUCCCCGACUUUCUGUGGCCACCACACCUGAGGCCUACGGACUCGUUUCCACCUGGCCCUGCGGUGCAUGCUUACAUUCGCGCGUAUGCCGAACACUUUGGGCUGAUGCCUUGCAUUCGACUGGGGUGCACAAUGCGUGCCAUGAAGUGGCAUCCAAGCAACCGACAGUGGGAGGUCGCCUACACGGAGACAAGCGCCACCAAGUCACCACAAGCUGCAGGAUCGGACGCGCCCUCAAAGCUCCUGGCGGACUACGUGGUACUGUGCACCGGCAUGUACUUUCGGCCCUUCAUACCGGACAUCAAGAACCCGGGUUGCUUCCGAGGCCAGCAGCUGCACUCCUGCCACUUCACCGACCCCUCCCUGGCCCGAGGCCGCCGGGCGGUGGUGGUGGGCGCGGGCAAGACCGCCAUGGACUGCGUUAGCGUGCUGAAAGACCCACGGGUCGGCGGAGCGGCGGAGGUGACGUUGGUGUACCGCAAGGCGCACUGGCCGAUGCCCAGGAGCCUGGCGGGGGUGUCCGUUCAGCAGCUGCUGUAUAACAGGGCCCUCCCUGCCAUGCUGCCACCCUAUUACACGGCUGGGCCGCUGCGGCGGGGGGCGGCGCUGCUGGCAGCCCCCUUGAGGCGCCUGUUCUGGAAGUCCCUGGAGGGCGUCAUCAAUCACAAGUUCGGCAUGUCCACAAGCAGCAUCGUUUGCCCCAAAGUGGGACUGCCCGCUGACCUGUUCUACGGAGGCAUAGUGCUGGACAGGCGGGCACACGAGCUGCUGGCUAACGGCCCCGUGGCAACCGUCAACGGCGCCAUUAGUCAUUUCGUGCCGGACGGUGUCGUACUGCGGGACGGGACCUUCCAUGCAGCGGAUCUCGUACUUUUCUGUACGGGAUAUACCAAGUCGUACGACUUUCUGGAUCCGGAUCUCCUUGCGCGGCUUGACGUACAAAAGGACGGACUGUACUUGUACCGCAACAUCCUGCCGCACAACGUACCACACAUGGCCUUCAUUGGCAGCGAGGUCUCCACAUACAGCAACAUCCUCACGCACGGCCUGCAAUCGCUUUGGCUAGUGUCCGCCCUGCUCCGCGCUGGCCGCCUGCCGCCCCGGGCCGCUAUGGCCGUAGACGUACGGCAGCAGCAGCGCUGGCGGCGAGAUGUGAUGCCCCUACAGCGGAACCGUGGGUCGAUCCUCAUGCUGUACAUGCAGGACUAUCACGACCAGCUCCUGCAGGACAUGGGGGCCAGCCCGCGACGCAAGCUGGCAGCGGCGUGCGGAGGUGGCGGAGGUGGCGGCCUCGUAAGCAGCUGCUUUGGGGAGUGCUGCGGUGCGUACUCUGCGGAGGAUUACAGCGGGUUUGUGGAGCAGCAGUGGGG